UUCGUGAAUCGAAUCCUCUUCCGCCGUGCUGCCCGUGAAAUUUAUUUGAAUCGCCGUGGUAUGUGUGUUGUUCGCUAGAGGAACGUGCUAGGUGCAGCCGAGUGCGUGUGAUGGUGAUUUAGAGCUCUCUCCGGCUUCCGUCCAGCACACUCACAUGAUCUAGCCUGGCAAGUGAGCGUCAGAGCACCGUUCGCUGCAUGACUUCACCUGAGUUUGUCUUUGACGCAGACAGGUCCGCGGGACACGAGUGUGAGAGAGGAAAACAUAGCGAGCUGAGAGGAAGUCGCUUUUGCCCACAUCCACGCGGUGCAAUAGCGCUGGAAUGUCGCAGAGAAGUAGCAGUUUGUGCGACGCAGUCUCGUUAUAGUUAGACAAGUAAUUUCCGGCAGUGGGUCGCUGUGCUGAAUCGAUUGGAACUCGAAGUAGUGUUCGCCUGACACCAACAUAACGGUCCCAGUCUACGUGAGUGUGACACUUCACGGCGUUCCUUUACGCCGCUAGCUAGCACGCUAGCAAGAAAGUGUUACUGUGUGUGUGUGUACGUGUGUGGACCAAGCUGUAUUUACCAGUGCCUGGAGUUACAUUUUGGUGUAUCGAGGAUUGGAGUUCCGAUACACUCGGCGCAUGGUCAUCCUCAGUGAAAUUGUGGUCUGCUAUCAACUCGUUGAACAGUGAACGAGCAACAGGAGCGUUUGAGCUCCCCAGUUCCAGUCGUACAGCGUGGUCCGUAGUUCUACAGCCAGCGAACGCUAGCCAUGGCGUCUCGCAAGGGAAUGAUGCGUUGUACGGUGCGCAUGCUGGACCUCGGUGCACGCGCCUCGUUCCGCUACCACGAAAUCAGCGUGAAGGCAACGGGUCAGGCACUUCUUGACAGUGUCAUCACUGACCUGCAGCUGAAAGAACCAGAAUACUUCGGAUUGCAACUAAUAGACGAUGCAACUUUGAAGUGGUUGGAAUUGGACAAGCCUAUCAAGAAACAAAUGAAAGAGGGCGGAGGCUUGCGAUUCGAGUUUCGUGUCCGCUUUUACCCAGUCGAUCCGACCGAUAUGUUUGAGGAACUGACUAGGUAUCAACUGGUGCUACAAGUGCGCAAUGAUCUUCUCCAGUCCAGGUUGAGUCUCCCCGAGAAGUUGGCAGCGGAAUUGUUUGCUUUGGUGCUCCAAUCUGAACUUGGUGACUACGAGCCCAAUGAACAUGGCAUCGGCUAUGCCAAGUCAAAUGUACAUCAGUUUGUCGUCCAUCAGACUGGUGACCUGGAGUUUUCCGCUGAGCAGCUUCAUCAGUCAAGCUUUUGUCAAGGCAUGACCCCGGCCGAGUCGGAGCUGGCUUUCCUCGACCGUAUUCGCCUGCUGGAUAUGUACGGCGCGGAUGUACACGUGGUGGAGGGAUCGAAAGGUGUUCGGCUGACGAUCGCCUUGACGCCGAGCUGUAUUCGCAUCCUACGUGAACACCAGCAGGUGGCAUGCUUUCUGUGGUCAAAGAUUACACGCAUCACAUACAAAGGCCGCAAGUUCACUAUUCGUCAGCUGGACAGAGUUCAGGACGAAGUGAAGGAGAAACCGUUUGCGUUUCUGACCGGCUCAGAGAAGCAUUGCAAGUACGUGUGGCAGUGUGCGGUCGACGCGCACGCCUUCUACACAACGAGACAGGAGACUGGCAUUGCUGGAGCACCACCAGCUGCCGCCGCUCGACAAGCCAAGAAGGGAGGUUUUCUGCGCAACACUCGAGCACGUCUCAGUGGUCGGAAAGACAAGGAGAAAGCGGCAGCGGCUGCUGCACAGCAUGCUCCACACCCGGCGCAGGUCUCAGCCAGUGUGGAGUCACAGCCAGUGGAAAGGACGAGAAGCGGGAGAAUUCUACCCGGCUCAGGUCCACAACCUAACCAUUCCAAUCAACAGCAGCAGCACCAGCAGCACCAGCAGCAUCAUAGCCAUCCGUCUAACGGCUCUCGCUCCACGGUCGACUCCGGUGUAGCGCUCUCCCCGCCACCAGCUAACGGAGGUAAUGCUCAACAAAUAGCACAUCAACAACAACAUUCAGACGUUGGGCAUCCUCAUCAAUUUCACCAACAACAACAGCAACAACUGCAGCAGCAGCAGCAGCAGCAACAGCAGCAGCAGCCGGCGGCUUGGAUGCAGGAAAUGUCGGCGAUCAGCAUGCGCAGUCUGAGCUCAGAUGCGUCGAGCACUCCGCAACAUUUCCGCCGUAACCCUCACGUCAUGGGCAGUAACAACCACUCUGACCUCCAUCACCACCAGCAGCAGCAGCAGCAUCACCACCAUCUACAGAAGCAGCAGCACCUGACAAUGUCGGCCAUACUGAGCGAGAGCGUCGUCGACUCGCCCCCGUCGUUUCCCAUCGUCCAGCCGCAGCGCCACGGCCGGCCGACCAUGUUCCACGACGGCGACAUGAUGGCCGAGGACACGGACACCCUGCGGAAGGGACUUCCCCCCAUGGGGGCGGCCACCGGCGGCGGCCCGCACGGUACGGGAUUCCCCCCGGGUCACGGCACCAUGACGUCGGCACAGCAUCAUGCCAGCAUCUCUAUGACGUCAUCGCCGAGACACGGCGCCAACGGUGGUGGUAGUGGUGGCGGGGCGCUUCGUCGUACCAUCAGCGGCGGCGAGGGAUACUCCAUGACGAUUGCAAGCACCCUGCAGAACCGCUCGUCCGCGGUGGACGACGUCGACGGCGGAAUCUCGCCGGAGUCCGUGCGUGCCGCAACGAAUCACCGACGGCAACGCUCGUCACCGCCACCGUCCGACCAUCAUCAUCAGCAUCAGCACCAUCAUAGUCGGCAAUCGCCGCCUCCUAUCCCCCAUCAUAGCGAUCGACGUUACCAGCAGCAGCGCUACUCCCCUGACAGUCAAAGACACGCGAUGGCUGACAGUCCGCCUACUCAACGUCAUCAGCAUCACCGACGCCACUCACCGCAGCAGAGACGACGCUCGCCGAGUCCCCGCGAUCGUCGGUAUCACUGGGACGAUGCGCGCGGUUACCACGACGACGGUCGUGGCGGCACCACCGGGCACAGGUAUCCGCCGGACGAGUUCGACGCGCCGUCGUCGGGUCGUGGUCGUCGUGACGAUGGGGAUCGCUACCAUGACGACAGGCGGGUUGGCAGGCGCAAGUCGUCGCGGUCGCCGGACGAGAGGGAUCGACGCUAUCCUCGCGGCGGCGACGCGUACGACGAUCGCUACGACAACAACCGGGACGGUCGAUCACCACCGCGUCGAUACUCUGGGCAGCAGCCGCAUCACCAUGACAACGGCCGACGUGAUGACGACGAUCACCGGCGUGACAGUGGUCGUUACCAUGGUAAUAAUGGCAGCAGCCGAGGAGGACAAUCCGGUCACGAUCAUCGGGCGUAUUCGAGAUCGCCGGAGCCGAGAGACCGUGCGGCGGACGGGCACAGACAGAACGGCCAUAGAGAUGGGACUAGGUCCAGUUGCGGAGCUCGUUCCAACGGCCGCGAGUCGCCCCUGGCCUCCCGCGGCGGCAUCAUCGAUUACGAUUUCCGCCAGACUCGCGACGGCGGUGGUGGUGGUGCCGCUUUUGGAGACGGGCAUCACAGGGACGCGACAAUUGACGACCGUCACCACACAAACACACGGACCACGCUCUCCAGAGAGAACGGCCAUGGUGGUGGUGCUGGUGGUGGGCGACAGCGUGGAGGCGCGAGGAGUCAUGACGACCGUUUGGCGGCGCACGUGGACAGACGAGACGAUUCGUCGUAUCGCCGCGACGACCGAGAUGCCACGCACACCGCUUCACGCCGCCCACGCGAUGGAGGCACCGGGUUCCGGGAUGACGAGAGCCCCGUGUCACAUCGACUACCCUACGAAUCGUUCAGCGGCCUCACACCAGCGGAACGUUCAAGAAAGGAGUCGCGACCUCCGGUUACACCACCACCCGAGUUUGCUCCCGGAUACGGCGGGCAGUCACGACACCGUGGUCGCUCACCCUCACCCACUGACGGUCAGGCACAUACCAACUCUGAGUGGUUGGCACGGCAACUGCACGACGAGUCGAAGGAAUCUCCAUUGUCGCCACGGAAACCCGUUCCCGGCCGUCCACACGCAGCAGCAGCAGCUGGUGUCAACGCCGCUCAUGGACAUCCUUCCGGCAGCGCUGUGUCUGAUCAAGCUGCAGGCAAUCACCACCAACACCAUCGUCGUCAUAGCAAUCAUAGGUCUCCCGGUCGCCACGACCACCAGACGCCCGGCAGCGACCACGGUCUGCCCUCGCCGCCACAGGAACUGAUCAACGACAUGAUGUUGGACAACGAUCUGCCUCUACCACCGCCACACCUGCUGCAGAUCGCCAGUAGCAACUCUUCCGUCACUGUUACCAACGGCAACGCUAGCGGCAGCGAUCCACAGACCGGCGCCGUGACAAGCCCACGCUCGGCGUUCGGCCCUGCACGACACCAGCCACCGCCCGUCGCCACCACGGCUGCGCACCGGGGCAAACAACCUCACGGCAGCGGCAAUAACACACGUACGAACGGCGACUAUGCAGGUGAUCGUGAGGACGACGACGAACCGGACUACGCCAACUUGAUGAUGGCCAGACAGCGCGAGCAUUCGGCGGCACGCGCCGAGGCACGCAAGCGACUCACCAUGCUCAACACGAGCGACGACUCUGACGACAGCGGCGAUCUCUCCGACUUUCCAGUCGGGAAUCUCAUGGGCGGUGGCGUGGGAGCAAAUCGGCACAGGAUGGGCUUAGGCGGCCUCGCACAUCCGCGUCAGCCCCAUCAUCAGCAACAAUCUCGCACGUCCGCCAGCAGCAGCCAAAGCAAACCCAAGGCAGUGCCCGCGCCAGCAUCACGCACCGCACGUGCUCGCUCUCCGUCACCUCCACCUCCACCGCCAGCCAUCCCAACUUACCCUUCCAAACCAGCCACCGGCGGACCCGGACAGGGAAGUCAAUCUCGCGCUGAGUUCUCUGCUGCGGCCACGACGACAGCGUCAGCACGAGAAACGACAUCACCUCCCAGGGCGAUAGCACCGACGAACACCGAGCGCCAUAACGCAUCACAGCAACCUAGCACAAGUCAUCGACAAGCAGAGUCUGUAGCGAUGCACCGACCGCCUGUGCCAACACUCCCAAUGAAGCCUUCGGUGGCGAAAGCGGAAGCAAGGGCUCCUCCGCUGGUUGCUAAGAAACCUCCGCCACCCGUCGUCGCGAAGAAGCCACCCAAGCCACCUCUACGCUCCGUUUUGUCCAAUGGCGGCUCGUCCGUGUUGCCACCGCCAACAGUCGUCAAGGCACCGACUGCUCAAAGUAAUAGUUCCGUCGGCAACGCAACCGCUAGAGCGAGUGCAAAGCCGAUGCAACCUCCGCCGUCGAAGCCGCCGCUUUUCAAGCGACCUUCGGAGCCCAAGCUGGACACUGCUGCCACACGACUCGUUGAUCUGCGAACGACGUCGAGUGACAAUUCGAAUUCAACGCCCGCGGCUGCGGCCCCUUCAUCGUCAUGGAGACCACCAGUGACCAACAUGCCAGCUGCACAGCCCACACCGCACAUCUCAACCUCUGCCGCCGCUAAGCAGCCCGCGUCUUACAGGCCGGCGGCUGCGGCGACGACAGCAUCCAUUACACCAUCGAUGACCUCGUCAUCGCAGUACAAAUCUCAAACGACGACGUCGCCUCUGGUGGCGGGCAAAGGUGCUGCACCAUCAGUGUCAUCAUCAUACUCGGGUAUGAUGUCAUCGGCUGCUGCACCGACUCAGUCGUCGUCCAAUGAGAGUGCCUCGUACAAUGAGGCCGAGAACGCCCUUGCCGAGCUGCAGAAUGCCAUAUUUGCAAAGGAGGAAGAGCUGCAGAUGGCGCAGCGAGAUUUGGAGGCACAGUUCUCGUUGCUGACGAAUGAUGCCUCCUCGUCAAACUCAUCGUCCCUGCAUAGACGUUCCAGCGCCGCCAGCAACCCCGCGACAACAGACGGCGGUGCAGCGAUGGGACACCUGCGGCAGCCGUCUUCGCUCGCCUCCGUCUCCGUGGUGACGGCGUCCUCGGCUGGACAGCACUCGCUGGAUAGUGUGUCUGUAGGCAGCGGUGGCCGUCACUCUAUCGGCAGCAGCGGCGUAGGCGGCCCGACCAACAUCCAGCGGGCCGACAGCAUGGCCAGCAUCUCCAGCACGCUGUCACGGCGACAGGCCGGUCGCCAGGAGCAGCAGAAGCAUCAGCACGAAGAGGAGAGCCUGAGCGGCAUCACGCACGUCCCCUCCGGCCUCAGCAGCAGCCACGUGGCACUGAAUCCCACCAAGGAGAGUAAACAGGGCAAGCAGCCUCCACCGGCAAAGGCGCCCAAGCCACCGAAGAAGAACCCCGUCGACGAUGAGCGCAAGCAGCAUCAGAAAGAAGGUCUGGAGUUGGUUGCACAGCUUCGCAAGCGCUACCAGCUGUCGCCGCAGAACUCCAACGGCGAGAUUCUCGCCGCACACAGAGCGUCAUCAUCGGGCAGCACUGGCAGUGGAACAAUCACCGACAGCCAAAGAGAGCAGCUGGCACAUCGCCUGUCGUUCCGUGACGGGGUACGCGUGACGGACGCAGCGCUGUCCGAUCGCACGCUGCCCAGCGCGACGAGCACGUUUGCCCAGGUCGCGGCGCCCGACCGGCCCGCCGCCGUCGUGGACAAUCGCAUGCGUACGGAUCACGCAAUGCCAGCAGACACCACAACAACCCUGCCUGCGGCGCAUCGACAAACCCAAGCGCUGACGGGCUCGUUGCCGGGUGCCGGACAGCAGCGUGAGAGUCAGGUUAUCCGUCAGAACAUGCUGCAUGACUUGUACGGCGAAGACAGCUCGGACGAGGACGACGGUGAUGACGAUGGUGCGGAUGAUGACGUCGGCGGUGACAAUUACGCCGAGUACACCAAGCGCGACACCGGCAUCACAGUCCACGACGCAAUGGCUCUCGGUAUCAUGGCCAGCUCUGUGUAGCUGAAACCAGCUCUGACACCCGACCAGCUGUCCGUACACUGCCUGGUGGAUGCCCGAUAUCCACACUGUCCAUGACGUAUUGGCACCAGGAAUAAUGGCCAGCUCCUUCUAGCUGUCAGGCGCUCAGGCCUUUGAACCGUAGUCCGUAACGUUAUGUUGCCACUGUCCUCAAGCCAAGGACGUCUGAUGGCACCGUCCAUGACUCAAUGCCAAUGGCACUGGGAAUAAUGGCCAACUCCUUCUAGCUGUCAGGCGCUCAGGCCUUUGAACCGUAGUCCGUAACGUUAUAUUGCCACUGUCCUCAAGCCAAGGACGUCCGAUGUCACCGUCCAUGACUCAGUGCCAAUGGCACUGGGAAUAAUGGCCAGCUCCUAGCUGUCAGGCGCUCAGACAUUUGAACCGUAGUCCGUAACGUUAUAUUGCCACCGCCCUCAAGCCAAGGACGUCCGGUAUCACCGUCCUCAACUCAAUGCCAAUGGCGGCGAUUCUAGCGAGCUCUGUGUAGCUGCAACGCUCCGAUAUCUGAACAGCUGUCCGUGUAUUGCCGCCACCGUCAGGGCGCUGCGUUCGCAGUGACGCUCGGCCUUGUGGCAAGAUCCGCGGCGGCGGCGGCGGCGGCGGCGGCAGCUGCUUGCAAGCCGCAUGCAUUUGAAAACUUGAAUCGUUUCCAUGGCGGCGUCACGACAACAAAGGACAUCACCAUCGGACAGCGCCAAGGCACUAAGCAAGCUCGCCUGCCUCUAAAUAGCAAUGUUUAUUUUUUUUACCAGUUUUACAGUAUUCUGUAGAGAGAGAGAGAAAGAGAGUUUACCCUGUCUUCACAUGCUUUAUCUUGAUUGUCUCAGCCAGGCAAGGAGACCUUCAUCGUUCGGAAUCUCAGGUCUCCUGGCUCUCCGUAGGACUAUGUAAGGAGAUGCAUGCAGUUGAUGUAAUAAAAUGCCGGUUGGUGUGUUGCAGCCGAGUUGUGGUCGAUGAUCAUGCGCUGCGCGAUGCCGUCCUCAUGGCAACAGCACCCAGGGAGUCGCAUGGCGGCAACACUGGCCCACUGCUGUGACACAGCACGGUCACCAUGGUUACGUGUCCUGUGGGCUGCUGCCUGUAGGGAUGACAGCACGCGGGCCGCUCAUCUGACCCGGUGCUUUGUGACUCAGCCCGGUGUCACAAUUAAAUUGAGCUUCCCAGUGGAGAAUUAACUUCUACAAUACUCUGCAUUCCUGCAACUUUACUUUAUGAUAAUGAUUCACUCGUGCUGCAGAAAUUGUAACCAUUGCCGAUCGGCUUUGACACUGUGCAUGCCGGGCUGGUGGGCAGCCCUUAUGAUUACGAUGCGCUUAUCUAUGGAAGAAAUAAUGUAGGUGCUUUCCCCAACUUGUAGUCAGGCAAGUGUUCCGCAGUUUACCAUGGUUUUCACGGCCAUUAUGGUUUCUUGCUUGCUCCCUCGUUUCUCUGCUGGUAAUUAUUUGGUGAUGACCGUGACUCUGUGCUGGUUUUGGUUUCUGAAGCUUGUUCUGGUGGUUGUUUUCGUGUGUUGCCCGCAAGCGGCAGUCACGUCUGAAUCUUA